UCCCAAAUCCCAAAGCAGAUAGAAUUCAGUGUGGAUUAUCCCUGAAACCGAUCAGCUGGGAAAGGAGAGACAGUAGGAAACGCGCAUCUCUGUACUUUACUAUACUAUGCAGUAUAUGUUAUAGGCUUAAAGUUCGCUACUACGAUUUUAAUCAAUUUCAGAAAUAGAUUAAUCGACCUGAUUCACAUCGGAAUCAAGUAAAAAAAAUACUUCCGUUCGCUUCUGAAUUAAAUAGCAUUAAUAAGAAGCAGUGAUAAGGAACGGGGGGAAGUUUCAGGAAAAAAAAUAAUCUUUUUUUCAUUCACCAAGUGGGCAGCAAUAUCAGCUACUGCUUUAAAUCAAUCACAAUUCGGCAGAUUCUCCAGGAAAACCGGACUCGACACACCGAGGAUCAUGUUUGCGUUUUGGACCGUCCUCUCCGUGUGCCUGCUGGAAGGAGGACGCGCUGCAUACUUCUCGCAGGAGCCUCAGGACCAGGUGGUGGUGAGCGGUCAGUCUGUGACACUGCCCUGCGUCAUCGUGGGAUACCGCGGCAUGGUGCAGUGGACCAAGGAUGGGCUGGCGCUGGGAGGAGAGAGGGACCUGCCAGGCUGGACCCGGUACUCCAUCAUGGGGGAGCCCAUGUCAGAUGAACACAGUCUGCUCAUUGACUCUGCUGAGCUGGCGGAUGACGCUGUGUACGAGUGCCAGGCCACUCAGGCAGCCCUGCGCUCCCACAGAGCCAGGCUCACUGUGCUGGUGCCCCCCGAGAACCCCACGGUGGACGACGGGCCGGUGGUGAGGCUGAAAGCACACGCGCCCUACAACCUGACCUGCAGAGCCUCCGGGGCAAAGCCGGCCGCGGAGAUCACGUGGUACCGGGAGGGGGAGCUGCAGGAGGCGGUGGUCUACUCCAAGAGUCUGAUGGAAGAUGGCAAGCGGGAGCUGUCGUCCAGCAUGCUCCUGAUCACUCCCGAGGAUCAGGACACCGGCCGAGCGUUCACCUGCCACGUCAGCAACCCCGCCGCCCCUGCCGGCAAGCAGACCUCCGUCACGCUCAACGUGCAGCACCCCCCGACCGUCACUCUCUCCGUUGAGCCGCAAACCGUCCUGGAAGGAGCCAAGGUUCUCUUCGUCUGCUUUGCUUCGGCCAACCCGGAGAUCACCGGCUACAGGUGGGCAAAAGGCGGCGUGCCCAUCUCCGAGGCCAAUGGAGACAGCCUGGAGGCCACGGUCGACCACACCUACUUCACGGACCCCGUGUCCUGCGAGGUGUCCAACUCCGCGGGCAGCACCAACGUCAGCACCCUGGUGGAUGUGCAGUUUGGUCCGAAGCUGAUGUCUGAACCCAAGCCCCAGUCUGUGGAUGUCGGAAUGGACACUGCCUUUACCUGCUCCUGGACAGGGAACCCACCUUUGACCUUAGCCUGGACCAAAGUGGGCUCGAGCGUGGUCCUCAGUAAUGGGAACACUCUGCAGCUGAAGGCGGUCACUCAGGAGGAUGCUGGGAGCUACACCUGCAAAGCCAUCGUGCCACGCAUCGGAGUGGCUGAGCAGGAGGUCACCCUCACAGUGAACGGCCCCCCACUGAUCACAGCAGAGCCCACUCAGCACGCAGCCAAGGGAGGCAAUGGGAAGCUUGAGUGUUUCAUUGACAGCACACCCCUGCCAGACAAGAUUGUCUGGUCGUUCGGUGAGACCACCUUGUCAGGAGGCAGCUCAGGACGCUUCACGGUCACCACCGCCUCGGUGGCCGGGGGAGUGAUGUCAUCACUGGUCAUCACAGAGACGACGGCGCAUGACUUCAGCGUUCGCUACAACUGCAGUGCGUGGAACCGCUUCGGAGAGGGAGUGGCACUGCUCACACUCCAGGAGCAAGAAGUGCUCCCCCUAAUGAUCAUAGUGGGCGCUGCAGCUGGGGGCGGAGCCGUUCUCCUGACCUGCAUCAUCGUCAUCAUCCUGCUGUGCUGCAGGAACUCUGGGAAAGCCAAGAAGAGCACGCGCCUCUCCAAGAGUGACAUCCGAGUGCAGAUCGUGCACAGCGACCACAACGUGGCCCGGACCAAUGAGGACGAAGAGGAGGACGUGAAGGAGCCAAUGGCUCCGAACAGCGAAUCUCCAGGAACUUCCAGGACAGAGCACAGUGACCUGCUGGAGGAAGAGGAGGACGAGCGGGCAGAGCUGAAGGAUCCCACCAAUGGCUACUACAACGUGCGCACCCACGAGGACCUCCACAUCCGCAGCAGCUUUUCCGACUACGUCCCGAACCCCCGUCCCAUCUACACCCCCUCCUCCCAGCUGCCCCACAGCCCCCUGUACAGCCAGCAGCCCAGCCAGCCUCGCAUCUACGACUACAGGCACCGCUACGGGACCGCCACCGGGGGGCGCACCGCCUACGAGCAGCAGCAGUACCCCCGAGAGCCCGUGUACGGAGGCUCUGCCUAUCUUCCGGCACCCUGCGGGCGAGCUUUCACCAGCUACGUGAAGCCAGCCACCUACGAGAAGGUGGACUCUUACGACCCCUCUGACCAGGCCAGCAAAGUGUCGAGCUCGUCGCGCUUUUCCUACGCAUCCUCGCAGGUUUCUUCACAGCAGUCAGACUUCGGGCGGCCCACGCAGCAGCGCAUGCAGACGCACGUGUGACGCGGCGCGCUGGGGAUCGGACACGCGGCCGCAAAAUAACCUCCGGCUUUUGAACCGAAGCGAGACGCACUCCCCUAGAAAAUCAAGCAAGAACAAUCACGCUUUCGUCGCUGGAAGUUUCCCGAGUGACUAAGUUAUUGUACCGAAGACAUUGAGACAGUGUUUUUUCUUUUUUAAAUUCCUUCACGCAAGGUGCGUGGAACUGUGUCAAAACAACAACCUCACAUUGACGUGUGUUUUAUUAUCCACCUCAAGUCCUUGAAGAUGUUUGAACAGGGUGUCUUUCAGGGACUGGUUUGGUUACUGAAAAGUAUACUUUGGAUGGACCAGUGCCGGUAACUGGGACUACACCUCCUAGGGUCACUUGAGAGGACAAUGUAAUUUAUGUGGGCUUCUUGUCCCGGUGGUUAUGGCCACCAAGGAGUCUAAAGACAGUGUGUAUACUGAAGGAGACGCAUCCUAAAGCUUUAUUCGAGACACUGCUUUUACCUGUUAGUCCAACUGGUCAAAAACUCAACAGAAGGAAAAGAUGCUGGAUUUCAUCACAGCUCUGAUCCUUACCUCUUCCUUCCGUUCCUUUAUGAAGCUCAUUCUAUAGGCAGGUUCCAGUAAGGGGGUGCCAGUACAGUAUACCCAGGAGGGGAAACGUAGAUCUUUCAGGGAUCUCCAAGCUCUCUCUGUGUGGAAGGGAAGCACGUGGGUGAACAAUGAUAUCCGACUGCUGCAAUGCACAAGAAACCGCAGUCAUGCUAAUACCCAAGAGAACUCGUAGCGUUUUAUAAAUCUAAUCGCUCCGUACAGCUCUGAGCGACAGCUCAAUAAGAGGCGGAUGAACGGGCGCUGGCUGAACAGGAGACAUGACUGGGACUCCUGAAGUCUCCCAGUUAACUGUUUGUUCAGCGAAUGUUCAUUUUGAUUAAUGCCAGGAACGAAUGGGCUGCUUUUGAUGUAGCUUUGUGUCAGCAUUGUUUUCACAAGACCAGUAUUUCUAAUAGAAAAUGUGGGACUGAUGUGUGUUUUUUGGAAUCCUGUACGACAAAGCCAGCCACGGCCAGGCUGACGUAAAGACAGUAAAAGAUAUUUAAGUUUGAUGUUUCUAUCUCCAUGACUUUAGGAACUUUGUAAGUGUAAAAACAAUGAUCUGUACAUGCGUGUCUUAUUUUAAUUUAAUAUUUCAUAUAACCCUUAAAUGUACAUCGCUAGCUGCUCCAAUGUAAAAUAUCUUUAUAAAAUAAAUGACAAAAGGAAAUUGGGAUUUGGGUGCAAACCAAUCCAACUUUUUAUAUGAAUUAAGAACUUUAUUUGCAAAACUAUUGUUGCAUGUAACUUUGUACACAUACAGUAUUUAUAUUUAAAUAAAACAUUUGCGAUAAAA